GGAGCUCAAGGACACAGUUGUCUUGAUCUACGCCAACAAACAGGAUCUCCCGGAAGCGCUCGAGAGUGCAGCAGUCUCGGAGUCUCUCAACCUUCACAAGAUCAAGAACAGAGAAUGGGCCAUUUUCAAAACUUCGGCAGUCAAAGGCGAGGGAUUGUUCGAGGGCCUCAACUGGUUGAGCGACACAUUAAAAUCCAAGGGAAGAUAGCUCGACUUGAUCGGAAGAGAGAAACCGAAAUUUGUAGAAGCACGCAGUUGGAUAAGGUAUCACUUUUUUCCCUGCAAAGCUUGUUAACAGUUUUAUAGGAAAACGAAGAGAAAGUACUUUUCUGGGGAUAUCUUUUGUAUCCAAUGGCCUGGAUUUCAGAUUCCACGACACUUGUCACCGUGAAACCGGACCAGAUGGCAACUACUUGUCAUGCAAAUCGCCACGAAGCUCCGUUCGUGAAAUUGGACAAAGGAUAUAUAGUCGUGAACCAGGGAAGCGUGACACCAUUUCUUGGAAGAGAGUUACAUCACAUCGACGAGAAAGAAGACGAACAGCAUGAGGGGUAUCGCGCUCUCAGGCAUAUACAGGCGCUCGAGCAGCAAACUCGGAUCGCCUGGAGCAGCAUUCUCGACGAUUGCAGCUCGGCAGCAACAGCAGCAGCAGCAAGUGAACUACGGUGCUGACCCGAAGCCGCAGCCGAACCCGGCAGCCAAGCCGCUCGAUAUCGAUGCGCAGCGCCGGGAUCAGCAGCAGCAGCAGCAGCCGCAAGUUGAUGGUCAGGCUAAAACCAUCGGUGAUGCUCUCGAGGAGGCUGCUGCUAAAUCCGGUGACAAGCCACUGGAGCUCAAGGACACGCGAGUGAUUCAAAGCGCCGAGGCGCGGGCCACUGGCGCGGCGGCUGGUGUUCUGGGUGGGCCUGCACAGUACGCGACGCGUCUCUAUGAGAAUGCUGAGAAUGCUACACUGGGGGAAGCACUCCAGGACGUGAAAGCCCAUCUCCCGGCUGACAAGGUUGCGACUCCUCGCGAUGCGACUCGGAUCGAGCAGGCCGAGCAGAGGAACGAUCCAAUGGGUCGCGUGGAUCCGGCUGGAGUGGCAGCGGCAGUGAAAGAGGCGGCGGAUUAUAACGUCGAGAAAGGAUUCGUGGCGCCGGGGACGCCCGCUGGAGCGGGAAGGGUUUAGCAAGGGUUUAAGCAAAAGGCUUUAAAGGGACUCGUUUAGGUCAUUGUCAUAAAAUCCAUUUUAGGGCACCUUUAGGAUGUAAAAAGAAAACUUCGUGCAGCGCGCGCUCGUA